UAUUUUUAGUUAUGUCAAAAAAACAAAAAACAAACGUAUAAUUACCCCCAGUUGUAGAACCUGAACCUCCCAAAGAAGAACAUUUAUAAUAAACAAUUGAAUAGGAAGGUUUUGGACGUUUCGAAUAUAGAAAUGGAUUAGUAUAUGAAGGUUAAUGGAAAUUAUUUAAUAAUUAAAAAGUUAAACAUGGAGAAGGAGUUUUAAUAUUUUAAGGUUCUACAAGUUAUGAAGCUGGAAACGAAGAAUAUAGGGGUUCAUGGGAAGAUGAUUAAAUGAAUGGUUUUGGAGUUUAUAAAUAUACCAGUGGUGCUAUUUAUUCUGGAGAAUGGAAAGAUGGAAAACAUAAUGGAAAAGGAAUUUAUGAAUUUCCAGAUGGAACAUUAUAUGAAGGGGAAUGGAAAGAACAUAAAAUGCAUGGAGAAGGUUAUUUUAUAGAUAAGUAAGGAAAUAAAUGGGAAGGAGAAUUUGUAUAAGGAAUAUUUUAAUCAAAGAUGUAAAAAGAAUUAAAAAUGGAAAAAAUGUUGAAAAAAAAAGAAUAAGAAAUAUUGUAAAGCUGUAUUGAAUUUUUUUAAAAUUUUAAUGAAGCAUUUUCAAAAAGUGAUAAAAAGACUUUUAAAGAAAAUCUUCUUCCAUUUUUUGUUACAUAGGAAGAAAUAAAACUAUAUGUUGGAGGUCCUUAUCCUAAAUUUGAAGACAAAACUCCAGACAAAUGGAACGAAAUUAUUACAUACUUUAAAACCUAUACUAUGGUUAAUGUUUUAAGACAUAGUUCUAAUGCCAAGAUUUUAUAAUAAUAAUAAAUUUUAAGUAGUUAGUUUAAUGGUUUAGGCUAGAUUGUUGAAUUUUAAAAAGAAGAAGGCGAUAAAAUUGCGAAAUUAGUAUUAUGUAAUGCAAUUUAAAAUUAAUGGACUAUUGUUUAUUAUUAUGAUAAUAUAGAACCUGAAGUUAAAAAAAAGAAAUGAUUUUUUUUUUUUUUAGAUUUAUUAUAUUUUGUAUUUUUACUUUAUUUAGAUAUAUUAAAUUUUUAUUU